AUUAAGUGUGGACUCAUCCGAGUCUUUGAAAAUACUAUCAUUUCAUCUGGUUGCUGCAUAGAAAGGUGUGAUUUCCUUCCAAAGGAAUGAAAAUUUGGCUGUCUAGCCAUGUGAGGCUGACGCCUGAUGUGUGACACCAGAGAGCUAGGGCGAUCCAUCUCGAAUCAUGAUACGUAUAAAACAUUUCAUAAGAAUUGGUUCCAUUUUUGCAAAUACACUAGUCUACAAGACAGAAAACUAGUAAAUGCACGUAAUUAGGCAAGACAAGCUGCUUUUCCAGACUUUACUAAUGAAGCUAUGGAGAUAUUAAUAUUUAAAUAAGCUAUGAUAUGGCAUAGUGUAGGAUGCAUAUAAUGGAAUAAUUUGCAAUGCAGUGCAACCUGAAAUACGUUUGACUUUAACUACAAGUUUGAUUAUCCACUACGUACAACUUGUGCAGUAACAUUUGUCAGCUCGUAUAUGGCAGCCACCCGUGCUGAAAUUGCAUGUUGUCGUUUGUUGGUUGUUUUAUUUGAGAGUUAUACAGCUAAUUUGGAAAGAGAAAUGUGACUCAACAGUUCAUACAGAAGCACCAGUCUAAACAGAAUUACCUUGGUGUGCCUUGGGGCUCAUCAAAGUCCAAAGAAACCAUAACCAGAGCUAGAUGUUCCAAAAGCAGUAUUGAGUAUAACAGAUGAAAAAAAGUCGGAACCCCCAAAGAAAAGGUUACCUGUAAGUAGAAGGCAUAUCGUUGGCAGUAGGAUGAGCUGAGUUGCCAUUGAGAUGUCCCUGUUUCCUGUGGUCGUUUUACUCAAAUGGCAGAGCGGUUACAGUGUUAUCCACUAUCACAAUGGCUCAACACGUCACGGGACUCCUUUACCCCUACGGAUCUCGCAGGGAAUAGAGCUCCUUAACACCUGCAGUAACCACUCAGCCAUCUUAUUGUGUGUUUGGUCGCCCUUUGCCCCUGGGAAAAGUGGUCUUGCUGUUUACUGCCGUUAAUGUGCCUGGCAUUAAUGCACAGGGCUGUUUUCCAUUUCCAAAUGGUCUCCAGUGAAAUUCACAGUGACAGGACAGUCCCCACCCACGUAGGCCAUCAAUGAAGAGUGAAAAUCAAGCCAAAUCACAGGUAUGGGGGCCAUGGGAGCCAUGGGGACGUGGUCUACAGGUGAGUGUUUCAUUUCAAACAUGUCCUUACAAAUGGUCAGUUGGGAAGUGGUGAUGCUGCUUCUAUUUGUUUUUUUGAAUACAUAAUGCUUUGCGUCUGAAUUUAAUAUGAUUUGCAUCAGGUUGUUUGGGGGUUAUGUCAAUGAAAUGUUAUUUUAAGUAUACAGGAAGUGCCUUCAUUGCAUUCCCGCUGGUUACUGGUAGGGUUUAUGAUGGUCUGUGAAGAUCAAGCUCAGUCUUAAUCAAGGCAAAUGACAAAAGCUGACGGGGAAAAAAAGAUAGGGACAGCGCCAACCUCAAGCAGCAAGCUCGCUGCGCGGCUGUCCCCGCGCGAACGUCACCGUGUUAUGAAACCACGCGGAAGUGGCACGUGGGCCGAGCGGGGGCGAACUUCAGUAGUUUUGUGCCAAAAGCGCCACAAUUUGAACAUUUUUAGCAGCAGCGCUUUUACAGCAGGGGGAGUAAAUUGGAUGCAACACGCACACGGCUGCUGCUGCGCCUCUUCGCACGCGCCUGCACGUUGACGCGCACGUCUCGCACGUCUCGCGCGCCUCGCACCCGCACCGACCCGCACCGGCACCGCUGCAGCGCGCCACCCGGGAUGCCCGGCAGGAGGAAGCAGCCGGCGGGGAAGCGCGGCGCGGAGCCCGCAGAGCGCCCCCCGGAGGGCGGCAAGCGGCGCAGGGAGGAGGGCUGGAUGGCGCGGCAGGUGGCGGAGCUCCGCGCGGCCGAGCGCGCGCAGCCGUUCAACGAGAAACGACUCCGAUUCCUGUCGGAAAGCAGGAAGGUGAAGCAGGGAUCGCAGGGGGUGCUGUACUGGAUGUGCCGGGACCAGAGAGUGCAAGACAACUGGGCACUCAUUUACGCCCAGCGCCUCGCCCGGACCGAGAAGCUGCCCCUGCACGUGUGCUUCUGCCUGUCGCCGCGCUUUCUGGAGGCCACCGUUCGCCAGAUGGGCUUCAUGCUGAACGGCCUGAAAGAGGUCGAGAAGGAGUGCAGCACGCUGGAGAUCCAGUUCCACCUGCUCCUGGGCGCCGCCGGGGAGGUGCUGCCGGGUUUUGUGAAGGACCGCCGGAUGGGCGCUGUCGUGACCGACUUCUUCCCCCUCCGGCUGCCUCUUCAGUGGGCGGAGGAUGUCAAGAAGGGGCUUCCGUCUGACGUCCCCUUCAUACAGGUUGACGCCCACAACGUCGUGCCUUGCUGGGUGGCCUCGGACAAGCAGGAGUACUCGGCCAGAACCAUUCGUGGGAAGAUCACCAAGCUGCUGCCUGAGUUUCUCACAGAGUUUCCCCUAGUGGAGAAACACCCACGCUGCGCCCCAGUGCUAGCCAAGCCGGUGGACUGGGACAAGGCCUGGUCCAGUUUGGAGGUGGACCGGUCGGUGGGGGAGGUGGAGUGGGCGCGCCCGGGUUCGACCGCUGCCAUGGCCACCCUGGAGUCCUUCGUUGACCAGCGCCUGCAGGACUUCGCUGCGCACCGGAACAACCCGAACCGUGAGGCCCUCAGCCAGCUGUCCCCUUGGCUCCACUCCGGCCAGGUGUCAGCGCAGCGGGUGGUGCUGCAGGUGAAGCGCAACGGGCCGCGGGGUCCCUCAGUGGAUGCCUUCGUGGAGGAGGCUGUGGUGCGUCGGGAACUGGCCGACAACUUCUGCUACUACAACAAGGACUACGACUGUGUGGACGGUGCGUACGAGUGGGCACAGAAGACACUGCGGGACCAUGCCAAAGACCCCCGGCCCCACCUGUACUCCCGCAAGCAGCUGGAGGAGGCAAAGACAGGCGACCGCCUCUGGAACGCAGCCCAGAUCCAGCUGGUGAAGGAGGGCAAGACACAUGGCUUCCUGCGCAUGUACUGGGCCAAGAAGAUUCUGGAGUGGAUGCCAUCGCCAGAGGAGGCGCUCUCCACCGCCCUCUACCUCAACGACCGCUACAGCCUGGACGGCAACGAUCCGAACGGAUACGUCGGCUGCAUGUGGUCCAUAUGCGGAAUCCACGACCAAGGUUGGCAGGAGCGUCCCGUUUUCGGCAAAAUCCGCUACAUGAACUACGCCGGCUGCAAGCGCAAGUUCGACGUGCCGGCCUUCGAGAGGCGCUACUGCUCCGUAAAGCUUUGAGGAUGGAGGGGGCCUGAGAUUAGAGGAGAAAGGCAAAUGGUACCUUCCCUGGACUUUCUGCAUCAGUCUCCAAAUCAUCUCAGGGGUCAAAGGUCAAGGGUCUCCCUUGACCUCCCCCACGUAGCCUUUCAUUAACCCCUUUUUCUACAUUUUUUAUGCAACAUAAAGUCGGGUGACCCGUGGACAGGUGUAGUUAACAUGUUCCAGGCCCCCCGGAAAGCCUGUUGGAACAGUGCCUUGGUUACCUGCCCUCUCUUCUUUAUCAAUAGCAUGUCUUAUUUAAUAACAAACCUUUUUUGUUGGCAUAUUCAGGUGGAGCUGAAACUUUGUAUCAUUCCAGUAAACUAGUUUCCUUCUUUAGAUGAUCCAGUUUAAAAACAAAUAAAUUUCUUGAAAGAA